AUGGCUACCGGACGCGCAGACGCGGAAAAAGAAAUCAAACGCAACCCUCACCCCGACUUCAAGGCCGUCGAGGCCUCACGCCCACCCUUUGACAAAUCAACUUCAUUCCACUACACGCAAACGCCCAAGCCCGACUGGACGCCCGGCAGCGGCGCCAACACAGCGUCUGACGCAAACAAGCAGCACCGCUCGAUUGAUCCGUACGAGCAAGGCCGCCCCGUAGUCCACAACUACAAGCUGCUCAUUUCGGCCGUUGUGCCGCGCCCCAUUGGCUUUGUGUCGACGGUGAGCGCUGACGGGACAUCGACCAACCUCGCGCCCUUUAGCUACUUCAACCUCGUUGGGCAUGACCCGCCCAUGUUUGUCCUCGGCUUCUCAGGCGGCCUCGGCAAGGCAAAGGACACGCUGCAGAACCUGCUCGACACGGAGGAGGCGACGAUUAACAUCAUCUCUGAGGACUUCAUCGAAGCGGCAAACUUCACCAGUACCAAUGCGCCGCACGGCAUUAGCGAGUGGAGCUUUAGCGGGCUGCAUCCUGAAAAGAGUAAGAUUGUGAAGCCCGAUCGUGUCAAGGAGGCCGUGUUUAGCAUUGAGGCCAAGCUGGUGGAGAAGUACGAGUGGACGAGCAGGAAUCCCGAGACGCCGGGCAAGAAGACGGGUGUUACGGUUUUUGUCGAGGGUGUCAAUUUUUGGGUCAGAGAGGAUGCCAUUGAUGAGCAGGGCAUGUUGGUUGAUCCUGCUAUUCUCAAGCCAGUCUCCAGAUUGGGUGGCAUUACAUAUGGACGCACAACACAGGCAUUUGAGCUUCCUCGACCGGAUUACGACGAGGCUACCAAAGACCCGGAGGUCAAGAAGCUGGCACAGCCCAAGGGCCAGGGCCAAUUAUAGACAUGGAAACGGACAUUUAGACAUUUGGAGUCCAAC